UUGAAGCAAAUAGGUUAAAUGGUGCUAAAUAAGAAAGUAAACAAUGUUGCAUUCGUACAUUUAUAUUUUUAAAACGGAAUAUUUAUCCAUAAGAUAUAAUGCAUUCUUUCAUAUAUUUGAACAAGGGCUGACAGAGCUUGCAGAGGGAGAUAUUCUAAAUAUGUAGAUCUCUUGCUGAUACAAUGUACUGUUUACUUCGACCUUGUUUACAAAGGUGUUUAUUCAUAUUAAAAGUUAAGCCACGGUAUGUGCUACUUUGUUUCGGCGCGAUUGUGCUGCUGGACUUUUUUGGAGCAUUCACACAUCUAUUUGAAAUAACGUAUGAUGAGAACUUUGUUUAUCCAUACGAAGGCAACAUACAAGAGUUAGCGGAUGCAUUGCGACAUAAUGAAAAGCCUAAUAUUGAGCCUAUAAAUGAAUAUAAGUAUCCUUUUCUGCUGCAUAAUCCCCAAAAGUGCACGGAAGCUGGCUAUAGUACAUUCCAUGUUGUAUACGUGGUGAAAACUGCUCUAGAACAUUUUGAAAGGAGAGCUGCCAUACGUAAGACAUGGGGAUACGAAAAGAGAUUCUUCGAUGUGCCGCUGAGAACCAUUUUCUUAGUGGGCACGCAUCCGGAUGACGAGGAAUUACAAGCGAAACUAAAAAUAGAAGCGACGAAAUACAAAGAUAUUGUACAAGCAGACUUUAUAGACUCAUAUUACAACAACACCAUAAAAACAAUGAUGGGCUUCAAGUGGGUAGUAAAAUAUUGUUCUAAUUCGAAGUUUUACAUGUUCUGCGACGACGAUAUGUACAUAUCGGUGAAAAACGCAUUGAGGUUUGUCAGAAAUCCGGCUAAGUAUCCAGGUUACUUUAAAGAACCCAAGAAAUUAGCCGCACACAAAAGGGAGAUUAGUUCCGCCGAUUUGAUAGCUUUUCAAAGGGACAUUGGUAAUUUUGAUAACGCAAGUGGAAGGCGUAACGCAACGAUCGAUAAAAGAUCGUCUGUGGCAAGCUUCAUCAUUGAUGAAACGGCAGAUAACAACAAUUCGAGAAGCAAUGCAUAUAAAGGGCAAGAUAAGCAAGUUAAUGAAAACUUUGGUGUGGAAAGUAAACAGUUACUUGGGUCGAACACGUCCGUGUUGAGUCGAGCGAAACGACAGCUUUUUGAUUUCGAGCUUCCAGACGACGUUAGGCUAUUUUCAGGAUUCGUAUUUGUAUCCUCACCGCACCGGCAUAAAUCGUCCAAGUGGUAUGUCUCGUUGAAGGAGUACCCGUACCAUCUAUGGCCGCCGUACGUCACAGCCGGUGCAUACGUCCUAUCCAAAGAGGCUCUCUUAGACAUGUAUUACACUAGCUUUUACACCAAACAUUUCAGAUUCGACGAUAUUUUUCUAGGCCUGGUAGCAAAGAAAGCUGAAAUAGAGCCGUUUCAUUGCGAGGACUUUCACUUUUAUAAGAAAGAAUAUACGAAGUACAAUUAUAAAUAUGUCAUAGCAUCCCAUGGGUACGGAGAUCCAAACGAGCUCCUACAAGUAUGGAACGAACAGAAGGCUCUUGGAAACGCUUAAAUUCGUAGUCAUUAACGUAAGAAUAUAUUUGCAACGUAGUACAAGUGUGAUAUAUUAUCCACACACUCACACGUGAAUAUCUCAGUAAUAUAUACUCUCCAUUAGAGUGGCGAAAAAUCAAACAUUACACUGCGUGUUCUUGCCAAAAUUACUACCUAAUAGAUACGUUACUUAUUGCAAUCUUAGUGGCAUACGAACAUAUUUGAAGGGAAUAUGGUUAUAUAUGCUAUAGUAACAUAUAAGAAAUUCCAUUUAUUGUUUAUAUAAAAGAUAUACCUGGUGAUAUUUUCAUCUCUAGAAUAGAUCUCGUGUUAUAUAUGAUCAGUCUUAUGUACACACACGUACAAUGAUUGCAAUAUCUUGCAAUAAAAAAAUUGAUUUAUGGUAUUACAGGUAUUAUUUUAAGCAUUAUAUUUAAAUAUUAAAAUAUCACUUUUUUUUUUCUUAAAAUUAUAUAUUAAAAUAGAUUAUAUAUAUUGAAUAUACACAGUCUCAUAGAAUAUAACACGUUAAUAUUACAACUGCCCAGAUCUAAAUUUUGUUAUGAUCAUAAAGUAAUUUAGCUUUAGAGUGACUAAUGAUGCUAAAAGCUUGUAUACACAAUUUUUUACGUGUCAAUCAAUAAUAACUAUGUUUCUGUGAUAAUGUUCACCGGUAAUUCAAUAAAUAUAUAUCUCUGUUA